UGGGAUACAGUGAUCAAAGCUGCUAUGAGGAAGUACCCCAACCCAAUGAAUCCGUGUGUGGUAGGAGUAGAUGUCCUCGACAGAAGCCUUGAUAACCAGGGGAGGUUGCACAGUCACCGCCUUCUCAGCACGGAGUGGGGAUUGCCAAGCAUAGUGAAAGCGAUUUUAGGAACAAGUAGAACUCUGACUUACAUUGAGGAACAUUCUGUGGUAGAUCCAGUGGAAAAAAAGAUGGAGCUUUGCUCAACUAAUAUUACUCUAACAAACUUGGUGUCUGUUGACGAGAGACUGGUUUACACACCUCAUCCUGAAAACCCUCAACAAACUGUGCUAACUCAAGAAGCAAUAAUUACUGUUAAAGGCAUUAGCUUGAGCAGUUAUCUGGAAAGUUUAAUGGCAAACACAAUAUCUUCUAAUGCCAGAAAGGGUCGAGAUGCCCUGGAGUGGGUGAUCAGCAAACUAAACACAGAAUUGGAGGACCUGAAGUCAACGCACGAGGGCAUGAAACCAGCCAUGGCAGCAGCAUCAACAGAAAAAUAAUACCAAAAAUAACAAGUAACUGGCAGAGAAGUUUUAUUCUGCAGACUGCUUUACAGCUCUCUAUCCUAAGGCUGAUCUGCAGAGGUUUUGUGUUUUUAUAAGAAUUUUGGAUCAGUGGAAAAGUAACCUCAUCCGUCAUCUCUACAGCAGCUCCCGUUCCCUACUGAAUAUUAAGUUGACCUCCUGCAGAUACUCUUUUCGUUUAAACAAUUUAUUUUUAACACUGGAAACAAAACAUUUAGCACAUUUAAAACUGCCUAAAUGUGCCUUUUAUAACAAAGAUAGAGACUAUGUUACAUUUAUACCGUCUUGGUUUUUCGUACUCAAACUUGAAAAGAAUGCAUAUGUGGUAUUAAGAGUUUUCCAUAUGAACAUUUGUUCUGUGAAGGGCUGAUAAGUACUAGAGCACUGAGUUUUGUUUGUUUGGUAAUCU